AAAACUAUCAGAGACGGUGAACAAAGGCCUAAAACUCUCCAAAAAGUCGUGUCAGAAAUACCGUGACAUGCUCUGUCGGCUCCAGACUGAAGUGCAUUACAACCUUGAAGAGACUGAUGUGCCUUUGGCAGACAUAAAUCAACUGUCAUCGCACUUCCUUGCCGCAAUAAUUGACUUGAAUACCCCUGCCAUUAUGCGAGGUUGUGAGGCAGAAGCUGUGUCCAGGAUCUACAUCAAAAUAACUCUGAUGAUGGGUUCAUCUCCUGACCUCAUCCUGGAUACACUCCUCCAGUGUAAGACACUUAUCUACAGCAGUAUAAGGAACCCACUUAUGUUUAUACCUCUUAUCAAGAGAAUCUUCCACACAUUCAAGGUGCAAACUUCCUUAACCCCAAAACUGUACCUAAAGUUCCUGUUGCUAGGGAAACUUUGGCUCUUCAUGGAAGAAAAAUCAAAGCUUCCAAACACAAGGAUGUACAUCAUAAAGUCAUUGCCCGUCCCUCAGUCAUUUAAGGAAUGGGCGUGUCAGAACAAUCUAAAUUGGUUGAAGGAGAACGACUUCACAACAAAGACUAUCUUGAAGAGGAUGACGGUCUCAGCAACUUUGAAUAUUUUGCAUGGAAAAUGUUUUGUAAAACAACAGGAUCUCACCAGUGAUACAACAAACAAGGAAAUGAACAGUAAGAACAAGAACACACUUGUUCAAGAAAAAGAAACCAUUACCAGUGAGCACAGUGAAAUCAAAGCUGAAACCACAGGGAAUAAUGAUGAAAAGAAAAAGAAGACAAAGAAGAAGAAGAAGAAGAAGAAGAAGAACCAGAAUAAGAAGAUAGAUGCAGGCAAAGGAAAUGAUGAUUCCAUUUCUAUGAAAGAGACAGAAGAAAUGACAAAGAUGGAUGAAAUUAAAGAACAAGAGAAUGUGAAACCAGGAAAGAGUGUGCUAAAGCAGAGGGAAAGAGAAGGGGAUGAUGAAUUGCCAGAGAAUAUCAAGAAACUGAAAGUCCAGAGUGUUCAGAAACCAGUAGAAAAACGUGAAGAAACAAGUAAGGAAGAAAUGUACGAUAGUUUUAGUGAGAAAAAGUUGAAAAAUCAAAAGCGUAAGAAUGUAGAAGAAACCACUCCAGUUUUGGUCAAAGUGAAAAAGGUUGCUUCAAAGAGUGAAGAGAAACUUAAAGAAAAUGAUAUAGAAGUUCUGGACAAAAAUAAGAAAACAAAAAGAAAAUUGGAAACUGUUGUUGAUGACACUAAAGAGAGGAUUGAUAGUAAGGAGAAGAAUGAUGCCAUGUUGAAACGUGCAUCAGAGAAAAUCAGGACUGAUAAGUACAUAAAGGCUGUUCAAAAGUUAGCUGACACGCACCACAAAGGAAAGGAGGUGGGACUUUCAGAUGCAACUCGAAGUGCAGAGAGCCAAAUUCACAAAGGCAGAGUGAAUAUUGUGAAGAAGAAUCAGCAGGUAGUAAGUAGGAGUGAGGAGCUAAAUAGCAUGGGUGAUGAAGAGAUAGAAGACGCAGUUCACAAAUUGGUUGAGAGGAAAGAGGUCAAAACUCCGGAGGCAAAGAAGAAGCUCUGUCUCUUCAAUGAAGUGGCUACUGAUGGCAAAAAUAAGAAGUUGAAGACGUCACCAGUGAUAACAAGAUUACAAGAUCUGAGUCAGGAGAGGAAACAGUUGGGCUCUAGUCCAUCAGUUGGAGGAAAUGAAGAGAGAGUGAUGACUAGCCCCUGGGAGAAGGUAACCAUGACAAGAGAAGAUAUCAUUGAAGUGCGGCAGAGAAUAAGACGUAAUAGUGUUAGCUUUACUGUCACAGAUUUGAUGCCAAAAGAAGACAUGACCCCAAAUAAAGAAAAAUCACCCUACCAAAGAACUGCUAACAAAAUUUGUAGUAGAAUAGUUCAAAGUCCUUCAGGAAUGACCUUUGAAGUUUUUGACAUGGACGAUGACGAUGAUCACCAAAGUGUAGAUUCAGAUGAUGCUUCGAGUGUCAGGUCAUCAACUGAGGAACCUGGAGAGAAAAGUAAUUUGAAUGAAAAAGUUGAAGAGAAUGAUACUUCUGAUAUUAUUGAGGUUUCUGAAACUGAUUCAGUAGUAGCUGUAACACAAACCCCUAACAAGGAUCAUGCUGUUAAUGAUAAGACCAAGGAAAUAGGCAAUACUUCUACAGGAAAAGAAUUAGAUUCAGAACUGGAAAUUGUUGAAGUCAUUCAGAAAAAAGAGCCUGAGGUUUCUCAAAAAGAUGAAAAUACACUUGAAGAUUCAUCAGAUAUAGAUGAAGCAUCUGCAUCUGACUCUGACAUCAUUCCAUGUGAUGAAUCUACAAAGAUGUUUACAGAUGAAGAAAAUAAACAUUACCAUGAUAAACUAAUAGCACAGGAACUAAAAAGAAAAGCAGAAAAUAUAGUGGAAAUGGAUAAGCUAGAAUUCCAAAGGAAGAAAACCAAGGAAAAUGGCCACCAUGUCAGUAAUGGAGAUGAUGCUGGAAACCCAGACACAGAUGAGAGAAAAUGUGAAGUAGUAAAUGUGAAUUGUACUCCCAAUAGCCACACUGAAGAAAAAAGGGGAAGUGAACAUGGAUUAGAGAGCGAUGGGGACAUGGAAAUACUACUGCAGACAAUUGCUAGGGAUACUGGUAGAAUAGCUUCAGUUAGUGGAUAUAAAGAAAACUUGGUUCCUAAGGAGAAUAUUCAAGACAGAUUAGAAGAAAUUGAUAUUAAGGAGUGUACAGCGAAGGAAAAAGAAGCAGAUUUAGCUUCAGAAAACAAAAAGUUAUCCAAUGGUCCAGUAAGUACCAGCGAAUCCACGGAUGGAAAUCAUGCCAAUCAUGUAAAGGACUUGGAUAGGAAGGUGAAUGGUAUAGAUUCACGAGCCAUUAUAGAGAAUAAAAAAGAUGAAGAUACCAAUCAUAUACAUGAAAAUGAAGUACCUUCUGAAGAUUACAACAAGGAAAGUGACAUUAACAGUGAAAAUAUUAAGAACAAAAAUCUGGGGGAUAACAUUGAGGUUGAGAAUAAGUCUGCAGCUAAUAAUUCUUUCAGAUCAGAAUCACCAGAUGUAGAACCCCUCAGAAUUGACAAUGAGUUCCCAGAAAACCCAGAUAUUUCUCCAGAUAAUAAGAAUUCCCAAUCUGCACCACCUUUGAAAGAUUCAAUACCUGUAGAUUCUGUAGAAGAAGAUUCUGAGUCCACUGAAGGAGCUGAUGAAGCAUACGAAGCCAGUAGUGAUGCAUCAGAGGAUCCUAUGCCAAAAGUUCGCAAAAGGACUAGGUCAUUACGUAGAAAUCUCAUUUCGCACUCUGUUUUGCAGGAUGCCUCAGACUCUGAUGUCUCUCCAAUAAGAAAUAGGAGAAGUCGCAUGACUUCUGAAGUGACACCCACCGCAGGAAAGGAAUCCCCUCAUAGGCAAAGGACUCGCAGCGCAUGUUCAGAAGUUACAAGGCCUCAUCCAGAUGCUUUAGAAACAGAUCAGCUUGUAGCUCCCAAUGAUAUGGGUAAUGAUAUUGAUGUGAAAUCUUUGAGCGAAGUUGUGUGUGAUGUUCAUCAAAAUAUUAGUGAAUGUGAUUCUUUGUGCAGCUUAGAAACUAUGCAGGACUCCACAGGUACUCAUAUUACCAGUGAAGACACUUCUUUCUUCUUAAAUGAUCUGAAAGGAUCACACAGCAUAUCCUCAAGUGCUACACCCAUUAUUUCAGCUUCAGGAACUCCUAUUAAGAAUGCUACCGACCCUGUGUCAUCCCCUGUUACAAGACGUUCCUCCAGACUACUUGCUAGUGAAAUCUCUGAAAAAAGCAAAACACAGAGGCGAUCGCUACCUUCAGGUGCACUUUCUGAUGCAGCGGUCACCUCAAAAAGCUUAGCAACAAGAGUUCUGACAAGAAACGUAAGACGAAAAUCUUUUUCGGAUACUGAAAUGCACUCGCAGCAGGCACAUCAGCAGAAAUUUGAUGUGAUGGGGAGUCCUAAAAUAACUAAAAAAGUAGAAAAUAAUAGUACAGAGAUUAUGAAGAUUACUGAAGAAGAAGUUGACUCUGAUAACUUGUCUCUAGGAUUGGAUGGAAAUUUCAGCUCUUCUAGUCUCUCUUGCAGUCUUCUUCAGAUUGAGGAGGAACCCCUUGCUGAAUGUGAUAAUAAUAAUGAAAAACAGAUACAAGCUGCUGUAAGUGACUUGAGAAUAUAUGAUACAAAUGCAGAUGCAACAAGUGAAUCUCAGAUCCAAGAAAAGGAACAAAAGUUAGUAUUAGCAAAUCAGGUCAGUGCUUCAGCGGAAGACAUGCAAGAGGGCACGGAUGCAACCGAAUCUGAUAUUGUGUGUCAUGUAUCUGAUUCUGAAAAUCAAGUAAAACUUAGAGAAACUGAAUCCAUGGAGGUUGUUAUUUGUGAUCAGCUCUCAAAGGGAAGUGUGUUGGAAGACCACCAUGAAGUUGAAGCUUGUUUACCUGAAGAUGUAGAUGAAGAACUUGAGGUUCUCUCUACAUCUGGUGUAGAUGAUACUGAAGAUUUAUCCUAUGGAUUGCCCAGUUCUUUCACACUGAAUAAAGAGGAGGGUUCAGAAAAUCUAGAAACACAGAUAACAACUCCAAAAUCCUUCACUAGAUUAAGGUCCUUGUCUCAACGUAGAUCUGGUGGAAAAGGAUCUAAGAAAGAUGAUAGAGUCAAUGAUCUGAAGUUUGAUUCUCCUCAUCUUUCUUCUCCAAAAGUCAAAGCUCAGCUCGUCUCAGAAGCCGUCUUGAACAAAGAAGUCCUAAUAAGCCCUGAGGUCAGUGAUGAAGAGUGUGAGUUGGUUUCACCAGGGGGAGAUGAGGCUAACCUGCCAAAGGACAGUUUCACGCUGUCUGGUGGUCCUGAUACUGUUACACCAGUGAGCCGCAGGAACAAGAGGAGGAGUGGAGGUGGCAUUAGAUCUCCUCAGAAAAUGAUCCCAGAAGAGCAGGAUGAGACGACAACUCAUAUUGCUAGUGUUCCUGGAUCUCCUGCUAGUAAGAUAUCACGCAUUCAGAGGACCAAGAUAUUUUCACCCAAAUCACCCAAAGUUGCUGCAGAAAAUACUGAAGAAAGUACAGAUAUAACUGUAUCAGAACAACAAAAAUCUGUUAAUACAGAAACAGAAGUCAAAGUAAAAUCCUCCAUGAAAAGUGCUUCGCAAGAACUUUCUGAAGAAAUCAUCUCAAAUAAAUCUCCCGUUCUAGAAACACCAGCAGCCACACCAUCCCCCAGAAGAAAUUCAGGCAAAGGCCAUGCCACAGGGUCUAGCAGUCAGGCAGCUCCAGAUAUUGAUGCUGAAAGUGAUACUUCUGUUGUGAAAGAGUCCAGUGAGGUGGCUAGUGUAAGUACACAGGAGACGAGCUUAAAUUUGGACUCAGAAAGUAAAUAUUCUCCAGUGAAAACAAGGAGGAACAGAAGGUCAUCACUUGCAAUUAUGGCCUCAGAACUCAAGCCAACUGAUAUUGUUAAGAUUAACAAGAUCAAAUAUUCAUCGCCUGAUCUACAGAAUGAAAAUGCUGAGACUUCAAAAGAGGAUUCCGCGCCUGUGUAUAGAACACGUCGCAGCAUGACUUUGAAGAAGCAAGACUUGAAACAAGAGUUGUUAUCUGCCCCAUUCUCCCCCAGAAGGAGCAGUAGAAGGAAGUCAGUAGCAUCUAAUUCAUCUGAGAGCACAGGAAGCAUAGAAGUUAUGCCAUUACGAAGUCGCAGAUCCAGCACUGCUUCAUCUUCUGAAGAUAAACACCCCCAGAUCCCAGAAGAGCCAGCAUGCCCAAAGAAGAGCUCCCUUAAGAAUACUCCAAUGGGUUUGGCCUCACCACGCACAAAGAACGACAGGACAUCACUGUUGAAAAAUGAGCCCAGGAAUAGCUCACCUGCCAGAGCAACUCGUUCAAGCUCAUCAUUCACUGAAGUAACUACUAAUCUUGCCUCCAAAAGUGGCACACCUGUCCGUACAUCAUCAAGACUUGCCUCCAGAAAGGAGUCCCAUACAGAUUCAUCGUGUGAGAAUGGCUCAUCAAGUGAAACCUCGUCCAAAGGAAGUAAUAUAGGUAGAUCAUUUCUCAAGAAAGUAUCAUCAGAUGUGCCAUCCACCAGCAGUGACACACCAGCAGGACAGUUGAAUGUCUCCGCUAAAGUGAACAGUGAAUUGCAUACUGCCUCAGUCACAGAUAUUAAAUCUCCUACAAAGUCCUCAACCUUUAAGCCAUCCCACGACAAGAAAGUGGCCAGCUCAUCUUCAGGGAAUGAAUCGCCAGCACGGCCAUUUUCACCAGUGGGAAGCAAAACCCCAGUCAGGUCAGCCUCUUUGCCCCUAGUGAAUAAAACGCCUACAAGGUCGUCUCCAUUGAAUUCUGUGAACAAAACCCCUUCAGGAUCACCUAUGAACAAAAGAUCUUUGAGAUCCCCUUCUGUUAAUAAAACACCUGUUAGGUCACCUAUUACUAAUGCAUCAGCAAGAUCACCUGGAAGACCACCAUCUGUUAAUAAAUCUCUAACAAGAUCACCAGCAGCAAGUACAGUCUCUCUGAAAUCAGCCACUCACAUUAAAUCCCCUCUCACAUCACCUAUUGUAAACAGAACUCUGGUAACAGCCUCUGCUAGUGAAGCUUCGUUGACCUCACCCACCAGAGUGUCUCGAAGAUCACUCAGUUCUGACAGAUCUCCUUUAGCCUCGCCCUCCUCCAGCAAAACACAUACAAGGUCAUCUUCCAUCAGCAAAUCCCCCGGACGACUGCCUACAGAAAAAGGUGCUACUAAACAAUCCCCAAGGAAGAGCUCAUCUCCUUCAAGAGCAGCAGACACAAACAGUAAAGGGUCUUCUAAAGAUGCUGAACCCGUAAUGACAACCCGCAGCCUGAGGCACCGGCAAGUGACUUAUUCGGUAUCAUGAGUGACUGCCAUGUAGCCUUUGCUGUUCACUGAAGGCUGUAUUCCGCUGUGGCUGCCUGAAUUGUUGAUUGGAAGAGUAGUUGCUCAGCUGGUGGCAGAAGAAGUAGCUGUUGGAUGGCAGACCAAGGUAGCAGCCAUGAAUAGUCGUGGUGGAAAAUCCAGGUUGUGGACACUAACUACAUUGCUAACAUUAGCCUCAAAUACUUAACGUCUCUCUUGGCACACAACUCUUCCAUUUGAGUUUGGGUCAUUUGGUGUGUCUUCUGUCAAGAUGUGAUAUUAUCCAUCUGAUAUCUGCUGUGUUAAGGACUUUUCAAUCAUAUUGCUUAGGAUUGUAACAUCUCUUUAUUUUUAGAACCUGGUUUGAGUAUUUAAAGUCUGACUGGGAAGAUAGUUUUUGUUUUGUUCUUGUUUUUUUGUUUUUGUUUUGUAUGUUGUAUCAGUAGUAAAGUUUAUAUGAAUUAUUUUUGUAGAGUUCAUUUCUCUGAUGAUGUUGCAGAAAGUAUCUUUAUGAUUUAAGUGGUGUGUGUCUGAAUUCACCGAAAAUACUUUCCUUAAACAUUUUGUUUUAGAUAUUGUUCUUGUUAAGUUCUCUUUGUAGUGUUUUUCAAUUAGUAUAUUUUGAAAGUCCAUGUAGAUGUAGCUUAUUUUGUUUAGACCAAUCAAAAUACUUCGUAUUUCUUGGUGCAAGGAGGGCUAUUAAUAUUAUGAAUCUUUUUGUAAUAGUAUAUUACAUAGAGCUAAAUGAACAACACUGUUGUACAGGUAUUACCAUUAUCAUGACUUCGUUGUAGAUGAUACUGUACAUCCAUUUACUUAAACUAAUUUUGGAUGUUUGUAUAGAUAUAUAUGAUACUUAAGGUUGCAUUGUGCAAGAUGAUGUUAAAUAUAAUGUGAUAUAUAUUUGCUUUCCUUACAGUUAGAAUUGCAUUUUUAUGUACUAUAUAUGGUUUGGAUUAUGGAAUUAAUCUUCAAGAAAAAAAACAUUACUUUUUUAUAAUAUUUACUGCCUUAGAAAUUGUAGCAAUGUAAAACAAGAUUACCUGCAAGUGAUUGUGAAUAUUGUAUUGGAAAUACACAAUUUUACAUUCCUUUAUAAGGUCUCAGUAAUGCUUGGUAUCACUUUUUUGUUUUGAGAAAGCAGCUGUAGUGAAGUAUUUACUCUGUUGUGAUAAGUAUCAUUGCCUCCCUGUAAAGUGAUCUUUGUGCCAGCUGUUCUGGUGGAAAAGCUGUGCUUAAAAACAAUCAAUAUUGUAUAAGAGUGAACAGGACCCUAAUUCUAUAGAGCAAACUGCCUUGCACCUAAGUGUCUGUGUCAUGUGCUUGGAAUAACGUAAUGUUGUAGGUCAUUAAUGGGUUUUCACUGUAGCAGAAAAGCUUUUUGUGGUCAGUAAAAAAUUUAAUUAUUUGCAUGUUGCCCAUAGAUAGAUAAAUAUGUAAUAACCAGUUCUUUCAUGUUGAAAAUAAAGGAUGUUUUUAUGAAAAUUAAAUGCCUAUUAAGCUUUAAACGGUUGACUAUCAUCACAGGCCCUUGUGGUAAACAGGAAAAUUUUGUCUGUCUAAGAUUUAGUAGAUUUCAUCCAUUGCAAACGUUUAUAAUUUUUACAAUUUUUUUUUUUUUUUAAUGGGUAGCAUAAGGAAAAGUAUGACAUAAAACAUUUUCUUUUUAGUGCCAAAACUCCCAUUGUAUAUGAAGUGCCACAAAGUCAUCUGAAAAAAAAUUGGUUAUUUAAAUAAUCAGCAGUUUGCUGCCUUCAAGUAAUUCUUAAAAAAGAAUUACAAUUUCUCUCUGCGCAUUUUGAUUUUGAAAGAAAUGUUACUCUUCCCUCUUUUGUUUGUAAUUGUCCAAUGGCAAUUUUUGUAAAUUCAUGAUUUUGUAUUCUGUUCACCAUUGAGCAUUUUAUCAUGUUUAAAUCAUUGGCAGAGCAAUGUGACUUAAAAAUGGUUUUAUAUGAACGAAAAUACAAACACGGUAAUGUGUGUACAAAGAUGAAGUGAGAUAGCACAGUAAGAAAGAAAAAUUGUUCUUUACUUUUUGUGGAGUUUUCAUUUCGAGAUUUCAUUUGCAUAUUAUCAGUUGAUUUUAUAUUUUAAGAGUUAAAAAAAAUAGUUUGCAUCCUACCACUGACAUUAAGUUGCCCAAUUCUGCUUGUUUGCAAUAUGUGCAUCCAUAUGUAUGAGGAUUGUGGUGGAAGUUUUAUUAGCAUUAGUCAUGUCUGUACCAAAUUCAUGAAAAUAACCUCACCUUACCUUAAGCUCUGAAGUUUGUAACAUGUGUACUUUAAUUUUUUAAAUGGUUAUAUGAUAAAAAGUCUUCCAUUAUUAUUGAAGGGAAUAUCAUUUUUUCUCUUGAAAAGCACUGUGAUUACAAGAUGGUUGAAGAGGUUGUAAUGCAGUUCUUGUAAAACAUACAUGUUAGUUUUGUAUUGUUAUCCUGAACUGGGUGUAUUUUAUUUCCACUGUAUUUAAAUUAUUGUUGAGUGAGAUUUAAUUGUGAAUUAUAUCCAGAAGGUUUAUUACUAACAGCAGUUUCCUUCUUUAUACUGAACAAUAUUGUAAGUAGACCAUAACAUGUAAAGAUCAGUUUUGUUAUAAAGAUCAAAUAAAUUAAGAAUCCCAACUUCAUUGUGCUGUUGCAUAUAUUGUUACUGUAACAAGGUUUUGUUUUUGUUAUUUAACUGCAAGCUUAAAUUAACUGUUAUUACUUUGCAGUACAUUAUAUAUAAGGGUGAUUAGUUCCAUCCUACCUUUAUUUUUAUUUCUUACUUCUUAGGUUUUUGUUACUUUGAUUUCAAUGUAUGCCUGUGAAUUGUGCAGUAACAGCCUGUAGUGUUUCUAAUCUACAUUUUGUCAGAAUUAAACUUCAAGAGGAUGUUAUUUCUCACUUUUCUUUUUGCCAUACAGCAAGUAUAAAAGAAAACACUGGAAAAGUACAGAAAGUAUAGGUUAACAGGAACCCUUUCAUCAGUCUAAGUUGCUUAUGGUGUGAACACUAUGGUUCGUACUUAGAUAAAAUUAAAGAUUUUUCUCAAGAGUUUC